AUGUCUCCCCUCUUCACCCUCCUCUCCUCCCUCCCUUUCAUCUUCGUCUUCUCCACCCUCCUCCUACCCUCCAACAUCACCCCUACUCCUCCUCCUCCUUCACCACCCCCAAUCGUCCCUCGACCAACCAAGCUCCUUUCCCUCGCGGACUUCCUUCCUCUCCCCAGCGCACCCCAACCGCGCCGCUACCGCACACUCUCGGCCCUGGACCUCGGACAGCCUCGCAGACUGUUCUCGAACCUCGCCAAGACCGUCGCCCGCACGUCGGUGUGUGUCAGCGUCGAGCACGCACCUCGUGACGCCGCUCGCCCUGCCCAAAGGCUGGAGCAGCCGAAGGCCAUCAGGAAGAAGAAGACGGAACCCAAGACCGUAUCCUUUGCGCUCGAACACAACACCACGCGCAUCGUCGACCGCUGGAUCGUCAAGGUCUGCUGGGCGCGCUACGACGAGGUGUUCGACGUCGACAGGUUCGUCGGUGAGGGGCCUGAUGCUGAGGCCGAGGACGAUGAGGGCGACGUGGACAUGGUUGAUGCUUGA